GCAGCAGAAGAGUGGAGAAAGAAAUUGCUGUUGCAGACGGUGGGGAAAGCGUGGUGGUGGAACGCGUGGACCCCAUGAGAACGCGCUCCUACCUGUUCCCUUCCCCGGCCAAGGCCCGCUUCUCAGGCAGCCGCUGCUUCGCGGCAGCAGCAAGCAGGGUGGGCGGUGGCGAGGGCAGCUGCCGACUGCCGCCUAUAAGUAGUCGUCUCAGUCGAUCAAUGCCACUCACAUCAAAAUCACAGACUACAAUCUCCUCUUACCUUAGUGCUUUCCUCAUCUUUGCUAGCAGUCCCCUCACCCCACUGAUUUCUUGGCCGCUCAGACCACCCGCUAAUGUCUUCCUCCUUUCACGCAUUGGCAGCCCUGCUGCUGCUGAGCUUCUUCAUCGCUUCCAUGGCGGAUUUUUCCAAGGACGUGGACAUCACAUGGGGCGACCAACGAGCUGUGGUCACAAACAAUGGCCAGCAGCUUAGUCUUUCCCUGGACAAAACCUCGGGUUCGGGGUUUCAAUCUAAACAGGAGUUCCUAUUCGGCAGGUUCGACAUGAAAAUCAAGUUGGUACCCGGAAACUCAGCCGGCACGGUCACUGCCUACUACCUGUCUUCCCAAGGUCCCCUGCACGACGAGAUAGACAUGGAGUUUCUGGGCAAUCUCAGUGGACAACCUUACACCCUCCACACCAACGUCUACGCUCAGGGAAAAGGCAACAGAGAGCAACAGUUCCACCUCUGGUUCGACCCAACUGCCGAUUUCCACACCUACUCCAUUCUUUGGAACCCCCAACAGAUUAUGUUCUACGUGGAUGGAGCUCUGAUAAGAGUGUUCAGGAAUCACGAGUCGUCCGGCGUGCCUUAUCCCAGCAAGCAAGCCAUGAGGAUAUAUUCAAGCCUGUGGGACGCUGAGGAUUGGGCGACACAGGGCGGCCGAGUGAAGACGGACUGGACAAAGGCUCCCUUCACCGCCUCCUUCCGGGACGUGAGCUUCAACGGCUGCGUCUGGACGGGCUCCAGCUCCUCAUGCGGUCCUUCAACCUCUGGUUGGAUGAACCAGGCAGCGGUCACCUCCGAUCUACAGAAGAUGCAAUGGGUGCAGAAGAACUACAUGAUCUACAACUACUGCAACGACGCGCAGAGGUUUCCACAGGGUCUCCCGACGGAGUGCUCCCUCUCAUGAGAUGCUUGAUUUGGCGCAAGAAGACAUAGAUACACAAAAAUCAUAUAAUAUGUUCAUAAGUUUUCCGAUUCUUUGAUUCGUUCUUGUUGGUCCAUGCGACAAUUUAUUUCUUCUCCCUAGCAUGUGUGUUGUAUCAGCACUAGCUACUUGUGAACUGUGAUGAUAAGAAAUUUCAUAAAUCAAAUAAGAUAGUUCAUAUCUUUUUGUCC